AUGCCUUCCCACGUUACUACACCGGAUGCACAAUAUGGUUUGUCUCAAACAAAUGUUAAAGAGGAUACCUGCAAUGAUGAUGCGAGAUUUACACAGUUGGCUAGUAUUGAGACCAGCCCCCGGAUGCGGCCAAAACGCACUCAUCGACGUCGGAGGACUUCUGCGUCAGAUACAAGUGGCUCCGAGACUCCAAGAACGGUUGGAACUAGGUCUUUUGCGCGCAUAACCAGCAAAGUGAAGGCUAACGCAGAGGAAAAGCCCAGGAACAAUAUAUCAAAGAGGGUAUCAAAGGGAGCUUCAACUGCAGCGCAGUGCAACACCUCUGUGAGCCCUUUUCACGAAACCAGGAGCGGACACAAAAGUGGCCUGAAAAAGGUGCUAAGUUCCAGCAAAGAAAGGGAAAAUAACAAUACCUCAGCCAUAAAAAAUAAGACCGUGAUGUCAGAUUCCACAAAUAGAAUCCGGCCACUCUCUCCCAAAAAAGAGAAAUCUACUCCAAGAAAGGUCGAAUGCGAAGCCAGCUCCCACGAGGCUAAUCCCGGAAAUCAGUUGGCAUCCAGCCGCUACUUACUUCGCGAGAAAGGCCCAGAGUCUUUCGCUCACACGGAUCCUUACUCUAUACGGUCUCCAGAAACACAGCCUAGCUCUCCGUCUUUUCCCAGAGAACAUGUCCGCAGCAACUCUUCCUUGUCAAAGGCAAGGUCAGAGAAAGACAUGUCUCUCUUCCUCAACUUCACCAGCCGCCCUGGUACCCCGAUGAUGUCUCGGCGCAACUCGUCCAAAUCUGCUGUUCCUAGCCUCUACUCUAUUGCCACAGGAUCCGAAACCUCGCUCUUGCUAGCACCUCGAACCGGGAAAAGUGCAUACGACGAUAAUUCCGCUCUCUCAUCUCUUUCACGUACCGGAUAUGUCCCAGGACUCUACCCGUCCAAUAACCUGGUGCGAAAUAUACGUCGUUUCUCUCGCUUUUCAUCCGCAUCAUACGGAUCAAACUUUUUAAGGAUAAUGGGCAUUUCUAAUGCCACUACUCAAUUGCGUUAUGAGGACCCAGUCGAUCACCACGAGCAUAAUUCAUUUUCAGAAUACACAGGGCUACCCGCAUCAACCAUUCUGCUUUCGUCGUUCGUUGACACGGCUGGUGGCACGAAUGCUGCAGGAUUCAAUUCCGAGGGGUUCCCUUUAGUCCAUUAUUUAUCCAUAGAUCACGAAUCUAAAGCUGCUGUCUUAACUUUGAGAGGUACCUGGGGCUUUGAAGAUAUCCUCACUGAUAUGACCUGCGACUAUGACGAUAUGAUUUGGCUUGGGAGGACUUAUCAGGUUCACAAAGGCAUGUUAGCCUCUGCGAGACGUCUCCUAGAAGGCGGCGGAGGCAAAGUUAUGGCUACGCUUAAAUCGGUCCUUGAAGAGUUUCCAGAUUAUGGUGUUAUUUUUUGCGGCCACUCCCUUGGAGGUGGAGUAGCCGCCCUUCUCGCAACGCUUAUGUCACAGCCCCAGCAUCCUGAUCUACCUGGCCCAUCCUUUGUCACAUCAUCAUCACAGCAGGCCUUUACUGGAUUACUUCCCGCCACCAUUCACGAAGCCACUCAGAGCACUCAUCAAGAAAUGGGCCAGUUUUCAUUACCUCCCGGUCGACCUGUCCAUGUAUACGCAUACGGCCCACCUGCCGUGAUGAGUCCACCACUCCGUCUCGCCACCCGUGGAUUGAUCACAACAAUUGUUAAUGGGCAUGAUGUGGUCCCGACCCUUUCACUGGGUGUAUUGCAUGAUUUCCACAGCGUAGCCCUGUCCUUUAAGCGCGAUGUCGCCGACGCUAAGUCUCAGGUUAAAGCCAGGGUGUGGGAUGCAAUCACUCGCAGCAUUGCUAACAAACUAAAUAUGGAUAACCCUUCUUCGAUACAUGCCGGUGAUGGUCUAGGCGAAGACUCGUGGGCGUGGAAUACCCUCAAAUCCCUGCGAGAAGGUCUUACAGCUACAAAACUCUUACCUCCCGGCGAAGUUUUCGUUGUUGAAACAAUGCGUGUACUCCAGCGCGAUGCCUUCGCUGGAGAUAUGGUUGCUGGGGAUGGCUAUCCUCGCCUUGGCCGCCCGGCCACCCGGGUUCAACUAAAAUACAUCCGAGACGUCGAAAAGAGGUUUCGGGAAGUCAAGUUUGGCUCUGGUAUGCUAUUGGACCACAGUCCAGCAAGGUACGAGUCGAGUCUGGCCAUCCUAGCCCGAGGGGUCCUUGAAGAUGAGUGA